UGGUGAGCGGGGCCGGGGCGCGGCCGGGGCGCCUCCCUCUGCCUCUAUGAUGAAGUUCAAGCCGAACCAGACGCGGACCUACGACCGGGAGGGCUUCAAGAAGCGGGCGGCCUGCCUGUGCUUCCGGAGCGAGCGCGAGGACGAGGUGCUGUUAGUGAGCAGUAGCCGGUACCCAGAUCAGUGGAUUGUACCGGGUGGAGGAAUGGAACCUGAGGAGGAACCAGGGGGAGCUGCAGUUCGAGAGGUGUACGAAGAGGCUGGAGUAAAAGGAAAAUUGGGCAGACUGCUGGGAAUAUUUGAGAAUCAAGACCGGAAGCAUAGGACUUACGUUUAUGUUCUAACUGUGACUGAAAUAUUGGAAGACUGGGAAGAUUCAGUUAAUAUAGGAAGAAAGAGAGAAUGGUUUAAAGUAGAAGAUGCAAUCAAGGUUCUUCAGUGUCACAAGCCUGUUCACGCAGAGUAUUUGGAAAAACUGAAACUGGGUUGUUCUCCCACCAACGGAAAUUCUGUGGUUCCCUCUCUUCCUGAUAGUAACUCCUUAUAUGUCACUUCUGCACAGACUUCUGGGCUGCCUUCUACUGUGAGAUAAACGUGUGGAUUACCUUUUUACUCAUAUGCCAUCACGAGGGGAGAUGUCUUUCUGUGUUCACCUGCAGACAUUUAUGUAGCUGUCAAUCCUAAACAAAAUAUGUGAAUGCCUCAUACAUGUUUGCACAUUUGACAUUUUUUCCUUUUUAACAAUGUAAAAUAGUAUUUCAGCAAACCAAAGCCAUAUGUGGAUUUUUUUUAAGAUGCCUUAACUGGCCGUUUUGUGUGCGUCUCUCUCUCUUUUUAGGCUAUUGGUUUAUAAACAUAUAUUAAAAUAACACAAACAUCUAGGUUACAAUCAACUUAUUCAAGACUUGUUUAAUUUUUAAAACGAGUAGUAGUCUUGCAAAAAAAAUUUGCUUACUGGAAAGCCUUAAACAAAUGGCAGUCAAGUUUCUUUCUUACUCCGAAUCCAAGUUUUGUUAAGUGCUAGAACUUGAAAACGCUACCACUUAGUUUGGAAAAGUAAGCAGACUAUCAAAGGCAGACCUUCACAGGCAUGACUACGGUAAAAUACUAUAACAUGUUCACAAUCAUAACAGAGGAUACCAAUGUUAAACUACUUAUUUUUUCCUUUCAAAGGUUGCCCCUACCUAUGCAGUCCUCAGCUAUCAAAACAAAGGGCGCAUUGUUGGCUCAUUCAGCUUAUUGUCUGCUAUUGAUGCAGUCUUUGCAGUUCCCCAAACAUCCUAAAUUGGGGGGUGGGGGCAACAAAUAUACAAGAAAUUCCUAAUAGUAGAAAGCAGACAUGAAAACAAGCUGAUCCCUGCCUUUCCCAGGUCUGCCAAGUGUUGGUGUUCUGUAGCAUACACACUGCAGAUGGGGUGAUCCCAUAGUUAUUUCUGGAAGUAUUCAGUUCUCAAAGAAAAGUACCCUCUACCCCUCCCCUUCCAGUAACUUCUGUGGCCUAACUUUAGUUUUCUUCAAAAAACAAAAAACCUACCCAUCCCAUUCCUUUGUGGGUAUGUCCAUUAGAAAAUGUUUGUGGAGACAUCUUGAUAAGGAGAAACUAGUUAGCAAAAGGAAAUGGUACUGUGUGGCCUGGAAGUAGGAAGGGUUCAUUUAUAUUAUAGGUGUACCAAAAUUGCCUUUCUUCGUGGUUUUGCUGAAUGUCCUAAUUAAAAUUGUACUUGAAUUUUUUUCUUAAUUUUAUUUUAAUGUUAACAGCAUCACUGUUUCCAAGUGGAAAGCUAACCUGCUGGUAAAACUUCACUGACAGGUCUCCCUUUUUUUAAUCAUCAUUUUCCAUUAAAUGUCUGCCACCUGAAAAAAGGUGAAAGCCAAGUCAGCUGCAGGUCCCAAAUAUGUUCUUGCCGUAGUGCCAUUAAGGUAGGAUUUUCUUUUCUUGUGCAGACAGACACCUUUUACGCAUUACAGCUAACUACAGUUUUUUCUUUAAUCAGCCAAAACUGAGGUUGAGGUAAACUAUUGCCUCGCUUGUGAAGACUAUUUUGGGUAAGCUCAUUCUUUUACAUAGCAUUUGAACCUUUGUAAAUAGUCCAACUGGUAAAUAGUGAGUGUAAAAUGGAAAAUAAAUGUAAUUUAAACAUUUUGUUACUCAGUACACAAAUGGCUAACUUCUACUUUUUUAACACAAAUUGUGUAAAAUGCUGCUAUAAAUUAAACUUGCGUGCUGUUACACUUUUUUUUUUAGGAACAAUUUGGUGCCACAAGUUGAUUCUUUAAUGAAUGAAAUCUUGUGCCAUAUACAAAUGCUUUUAAUCCAUAGAGGCUAAUGUUUUAGAGGUUUUGCUUCAUAAAAACUGUUCUUUUUGAAGAAGCAUAAAUGCUACUGAUCAGAACUGGGCAUAAAUGAGAGCCACAAAUCGGCAAUCCUCUGAACUUCAGAGUAAGGCAUCUUCUCUCAGAUCUCCAGCUCAGAACUAGCUCUGUGGUUCCUAAUUCCAGGUCACUUGAAAAACUAAAAAAGGAUUGUUGUCUAUAUCUAGCUCAGAUGCAGCCAGAGAUGGAAAUAUCAUGAUCAGUUGAUCUAGUGAGAUUUUAAAUCCAUUUAACUCUGACCCCAUUCUGGGCCUGAACACCAUCCAUUCAUCAUGUCUCUACUACUGACUGAAGGUCUAGCAAAAUUUCUUAUUAAGCUUUCUCUAGAUGUUUAAUUUAAGUCAGACACUUUUACAAAGGAACAUCCAAUAUUCCAAUUACAGCUAAUGUUUUGUCAUGGCACACCUGAUUUUUUUUUUUUUUUUUUUUUUCUUCUCGUUUUAGAUUGAACAAACUUGCCUCCUUAAUAUAGUAUAAGCCAUUUAGCUUCCUUUUUCAGUCUUAUACAUUGAUGCUCAUACUUUUGUUUAGUAGUCAUUUUAACACUUUAAACUGAGUGUAUAACUAAUAAUCUUUGACAGCUUUCUUUGGAUGAUGCAACAUAAUCCAUAAAAAGUACAAGAUUCCUGGGCAAUUUCUCAUUCUGGUUCAUGAAAAUGCUUCACUCUCUAAAUUGUUUCAGACUCUUGGAAUUUUAAAAAGCUUGUACAAGGUAUUUAGUGGUGAUGCAUGAUCUUAUUUUGUAUCUCUUGAAUUAUGUAUUUGAUAAUGUAAAAAAUGUACAGUGUUGGUGUUGCUACCAAAUUCAGUUGCUUGCCUAUAAAUAUUUUGAUUUUUUUCUUUAAUCAUACACAUUCAAACAGCUUGUGCCCUAUGGAUUUUUUUAAAUACCAAUUCAUUGUAUAGAUUUCUUCAGUCUCUAUGCAACCUUUAAAGUGAAUGCCAAUAUUGCUUUUUGCUUGACCUCCUCUAAUGGCUUUCUGUAAUACACAGAACAUUUAAACCAUGAAACAGGACAGUAAAUGGUAACUGACAAUAAUAUUAUAGAAGUUACUGGGGUGACUAUGCUAUAGGAAACCACUAUAGCAAAUAUGCAUUUCUCUUUGUCUUAACUGAAUUGAACAACAGUCUACAGAAACAUACUGUAAAACUUGGGCUAUGAAGGAUAAACUACUUGCAUCUGUGCCUGUAAAGAUUAAGUGUAGAAACAGUUUCCCCAAGAGUUUGCCCUCUUGUUGCCCUCUUUAACAAUCUCCUCUGUUCCAAUUUGGUUUUAAAAAAUUAGAGGUGGUCCUAUGGCUUACAUUUAUGCAUUCUGUGUGUGAAUUUAAAAUUUCCCUUUACCUCUUCCACCAGAUCAUGGUGCUAAACUAUCAGCAACUGCCUUGAUGUGAAUUGUAAAGAAUCUGAUCAAUUGUGCCACUUCCACCAACUUCCACCAUCCCCCUCAGCAGUCAUGUUUUAAAAAUGAUACAAGACAAAGCAUGUGGUAUUAAGUGCAAUGACUGCAAAUCAUACAAAUUGGAAUUUAAUUAAAAUAAAUAACCUAAUUAGAAAGGGCAUGUGUGUUAACACUACAAGUACAUUGAAGUAUUGCCCAGACUGACAAGUUUAGCUUGGUGUUUUUCACACCAUUCACUUGACCCAAACUUGGUCCGUUUUAACAAUGGGCUAUGGAGAAAAAUUGAGAGUAAAAUACAGCUAAUUCUUCUUGAUUUUUGAGAAAUGAGAUCUGAAAGAGAGAAAUCCCUAAUUUAAGUUGUAAACAUUAUGACAUGCUUGCAUGGAUUUUCUUUAAAGAUUGAUGUAAGAAUUUUGACUUUUUAUAUUUGAGAUAAACAUCAAAAUAAAAUCUAAACUAGUU